GACGAGAGGGUAAGUUUCAAAACAGAAAUGGCGACCGAAAGAAUCGAGGCAUUACUGGAAAGGACUGAUCCCAACAUCUUAAAAUCAUGCAACACCACAGAACUGCAAGAAACAGGAGAGGGAGAAAUCAUGGCUCCUUAUCUGAUGGACUGCAGACGUAAACAGAAGCAUAUAUUCAGACAGCUGUGUGUAGUGGAUGACAUGGUAAAACUGUUGGCAGGUCUAGAGUCUGUGGAAGAACUGCUGAAUGAGCCAAGUCCCCAAAACCCCGGGAAUGAUGCUCGGGCUGCGUGGAAGGCUUUAAAAGCAGAAUAUCAGGAGAGAGUUCAGAAGGUGGAGGAGCUGAUCGGGUCCUUUCAGGUCAACAUGGAGGAGCUUCAGGGUAGACGGCAGAAACUGGAGAACCUGCUCUCCACUUUACAGAAAAAGAAGGAGGAGUGUAAAGAGAGAGAAAGAAUCGCGGCUAAACAGAAUCAGAGAGCUGAGAAACAAAUUGGCUUUCAGCUGGAGGAUUCACUGCAGGCAGCCCAGAACGCCUUGAAUGUGUGCAAUUCACGUCUGUCUACGCUCAAUGAGGAGGUUAAUGAGCAGUUGGUCCGUGUUAGUGAAUGGACAUUAUUAAAAGAUGCGUUGCAGACGUUAGUUACAGGAACGCAGAGAAAUAUGCAGUACAGAUUGUUGUCAGUGAGACCCUCUGAGCUGUGCCUAGAGAUUCUGCCUCGGGCUGCUGGGAAAUCACUUGAACCUCUGCAGGUCUCCAUCACCAUGACAACCGAUGACCAUUUUCAUCUUCAGGUGCUUCAGGGAACUGCUGGCCUUGUAGAAGAAGCAACAGAAGGUCAGCUUAGACAAGUGAGUGUUGCUUUGGAAGAGGUGAUGGAGCGCUACAUUAGUCAAGGAGAGAUGCUUUCAGAGAUUCAAGCUCUGCACUCAAGAUGA